CCCACGGAAUGCAUCAUCUUCCUUCCCCCCUCCUUCACCUCUUUCAAUCCCUGUAUAGAGCAAAUUAUCACUCCAAUCUUAAUCUUGAUCUUGAUUCUGGGUUAGACAAAGAUGGCGUACGAAGACCGCUUUGGACAGGUUCAGAGGUCAAAAUACGAUUGCCUGCUAUUUGAUCUUGACGAUACGCUUUAUCCCCUCAGCUCGGGUUUAGCUGCAGCGUGUGGCAAGAACAUUCGAGAUUACAUGGUUGAGAAGCUCGGUAUAGACCGAAGCACAAUCGUUGAUUUGGGUAACUUGCUGUAUAAGAACUAUGGUACUACAAUGGCAGGUCUUAGGGCAAUUGGCUAUGAUUUUGACUAUGAUGAAUAUCAUAGUUUUGUGCACGGGCGAUUGCCUUAUGAGAAUCUGAGGCCCGACCCUGUCCUAAGAAGUCUUCUGCUAAGCCUGCCUUAUAGGAAGCUUAUCUUCACGAAUGCUGAUAAGGUCCACGCCAUCAAAGUUCUUAGAAUUCUUGGAUUGGAGGACUGUUUCGAGGGGAUCAUAUGCUUCGAGACACUGAAUCCCACUUACAAAACAGCUGCAUCUGAUGAUGAGGACGACAUCGCCUUUGUGGGCUCUUCUGCAGCCUCUGCUGCAUCUUCGAGCCGCUCAGAGAUCUUCGACAUCGUUGGGCACUUCUCCCAACCGAACGCUGGAUCAGCAUUGCCUAAGACGCCCGUUCUGUGCAAGCCUUCCGUGGCGUCCAUCGAGAAGGCUAUUGAACUCGCCAGCAUUGAUCCACAUAGAACUCUCUUCUUUGAAGAUAGCGCCCGAAACAUCCAGGCUGGGAAGCUCGUCGGCCUACACACAGUCCUGGUGGGGAAAUCUCAGAGAGUUCAAGGUGCGGAUUACGCCUUGGAAAGCAUCCACAACAUCAAAGAAGCCUUGCCAGAACUGUGGGAAACCGACAAGGUGGCUGAAGUCAACAACAACUACUCCGGGGUUGCUGUUCCAGCAUCUGUCACUGCUUAGCUACCUGUCCUCAUAUGCUUAACAACAACGUUUUAGGAAUCAAAAAAACAACAAAAAAAAAACAAACAAAAAAAAAAUUGGGAUUGUCUGUCGUGCUUAAUGCCCAGAGGGGAGGGAGCAAUCUUGCGCGAUUGUGUUGAUCAUCAUCAUCACUGAUUAUUAAAAAUUUAAAAGGAAAAAAAAAAGAAAAAAAAAUGAUGUAGAUGUGUUCAUUGUACUUGCUACUACUACAUAGAAUAAUUGUGCAAUGUAAUGUAAUGCUGUAAAUGAGUUUAUUUUAAUGGCAAUUAUUUUGUUCCUUCCA